CUUCGUAGUUAGCUUUCAGCAGGUGGGGAAAAUGAAGAAGGUGGCGAUUAUAACUGUUAAAUGUGGUAAUAUGAGCUCAAAUCAAAACCAUGUUUAUCUUGUGUUGGCCAACCGUAAUUGGAACGAAUGUUGGUUUAUUUUAGGGUAAACUGUCUUAAUUACUGUUGGCAGCAAUUUAAUAAUAUUAAGAAGGAAGAAAAUAAGAUUUAGGAGGGCCAGGCAUCACAUAUAAAGUUAAACCAGAUAUUUUUUGCCUUCAAGAAAGUUAUAGUAUAGAGAACUUUAUUCUGUAAUACCUUUAUUCGAAUUUUACAAUUUACAACCUUUAUACAAAAUAAAAUCUUACUGGAAAUAUAAUAUGAAUUAUAUUUCGUUGUGUUCAUUACGUGUGAAGUCUGUGUAAAGAUUAAAUAAGGGUAGUGUAAAUUGAUAAAUUAGCCCUAAAGCUCUGUUGAUCGGUACUUAUGCGUAAGGAUGUCACCUACUGUGCUAUAAGGCAGUGAAGCUUUAGAUUUUCCCCUUUCGCUGUUAUAUUCACCACUAUUCUUAAAUACUUUUAGAUUACUUAAAUUGCAUUUUUUCUGUUUAAUUUACUAUUAAUUCUAGGUAAUAAGGAAAUACUGAUGGGACCUUUAAGAAGGAAUAAUUGGUGAAAUAUUAGGUAUUUUAGAUCUAUUGGUCCAGUUUAAUUAAAAAGCAUUUUAAAUACAUAAUUCUAGUGAACUAUCAAUUUAUUGUUUAUUACAUGUACUUAUACAGGGUGUUUUUUUAUGGUUAAUAACAAAUUAAUUUUUGUUUUGAGAAAUAGUUAUUAUUUUGUUAUUUUUGACUUUGUAAAACUAUUUUGUUUUUGAAAAAUUUUAUGAUUUACUUUUAUUCUGGAUUUUCUUAAUAUUAUUUCGUCUAAGAGAUUUUUUUUCCAAUAAUACAAGAGUUAAGAGUCAAAAAGUUAGAGAAAAAGAAAAUCAUUAAAUUAGAUGAGAAAAUUAAAAGCUCAUCAUUUAGCCUUAUAGAUUUGUAUUUUUAAUUUAAAGGUGUAAGAAAUAUGCCAUGUAAAUUUUAUAUACAUUGGAGAGAGCUAAAUCAUGUGGAACUGUCCUCAGAGAUAAUAGCUGUAUAUUUUAUAUAUAUAAAACUCGAGCAAUUUUUUAAUGGCAUCCAAAUUACUUACUUACUCUUUACAAGAUCCUACAAUAGAUUAAAAGCUUCUUAACAUUACACCACUGCUUUUCAAAAUUGCUUUCAUUUUUAAUGGAUUUAUAUUUUGUAAUUAGCUAAAUGAGAAAAUAAGAUCUGCUCCAACUAAUUUAAUUGCAAAAAAUAAAAAUGAGCCACUGGGGUCUGUCUAUAACACCAUUUGGUAGAUUAAAAUUUUAACAUUUUACAAUUAUUGUAAGAGGAUAUGGAAUAUUUCAGAAAGCUUGGUCUAGACAAGGUCAAAAGAUAAACAAAAUACACAAAUAAUAUAUAUGAAUCAAUUAUUUCUUAAAGGGACUAAGUGAUAUUAAAAAGUUUUGAGAAAAACAGAAAAAUGUUGUUUAUUUUUUAACCUCUUGAUAUUUUAAAUUGAUUAUUCGUUUUUUUACUGGUAGGGUUCGGUUAAAGGUGUAAAUUAAUGAAAUCAAUGUAGAAUUUUGGAUUUUCUUUAUUAGACAGAUUUUUCAAAAAAAUUAACUUAGGUCCUUUCAGAAAUAUACAUUUUAUAAAACAAAUUUACUUUUUUAGGUUUUUAUACAAUCCCCUAAUAUGGUAAUUUUAUUGUGAAAAACAGCCACGAAAUUAUAUACAUAUAAUUAAAAUUAAAGUAAUAAUAUAAUACAUAUAAAAAAUAGAAAUAAAACAUUAUUCUCACAAAAUUUAAAACAAAAUCGAAAAAACCAUGGUUUUCAGUUCUAUUAAGAUGGUUCAGGUUAUUUAGCUUUGGAUUUCUUGGUUUUCCAGGAAUUUAUUAUGUGGACGUAAAAUUCCUGCUUAUCUUCUGGUAACCGUUGAUUAAGGCUUUGCAAAUGGGCUAUUUUUGUUUCCAAAAUUGGCACCAUGUCUUCAGGAUAUGCUGGUAUUUUGGGCCAUACAAUACUAAAUUGGCUGUUGUAUUUGGGUAAGGCCAAAUGGAAGUGAUUAACACCAAAAAUGCUAUUAAUAUAUUCCGAUGCCCUUACAUAACCUGAAGUUUCAGAGCUAUAUACAGAAUGAUUAGAGGUCGAAAUUGCAAAAUAAGUUUUUUGAGAUCGAGGAACAUUUCUUUUUUGAGAUUCAAUAGACAGGCUUGUCUUUUUAUAAUACUUAGGCCACCAUUGCUUAAAAUCAAGAAUCUCACUAGUUUUAAGUUCUUUUGCAGUAAACUUGCGUUUGGCACUUGAAUUAACAAUAAUUUCUGUGUACUUAUGAAUUUCAAAUAUUCUGUAAAAUUUUUUUAAGUAUCUUUUUAUGACACCAAAAUCCCUGUCACAGGGCAAAAAGGAGUGACCUCUAAUGGAAAAAUAAUGCUCAAUUUUAUUGAAGCGCCCCAUAUCUAUAAGGGCCAAACAUAAUCUUAUAAUAGCGUGGUUCUUAUUUUGCCCAGGGCAGUUGUCACAAAAAAGUUUUAACUCUUUUAUGUUGGGUGGUAUGUUAUUUUUUAUAUAAUCAAGCAAAAAGGUGCAUACUUCAUUAGGACCCUUAUUGGCCUGUCCCUCGUGAUAAAUAUAAAAAAAAAGAAUUUUCCGUUUUAAGAUUAUGUAUGCAAAAUACAUGAACCGUUAGUUGGGUCUUAUAGAAGACUUCUUGUACAGGUAUAUGUGGUAGAUGAACAUUUUGUAUAUAGUCAAAUGCGAGCCCUACCACGUCGUCCCUAUCGUGACACUCUUUAAUAGUAUCCUUUAGCUUCGUAUAAAACUUGUUGGCCCUCUUUUUGUGUACCAACAACUCAGCAACAGCCACUUUUUUUAAGGCAUCUCCUAGAGAGGAACUUUUGAUUUUUAAAUUCAACUCUUCACAUUUUACGCAUGUGUCUAUUUGAGGACGCCCAAAUUUCAAAGUAAAGUUUUCGCGAAAAAAUGUAUAAUAAUAGCUGUAUUUAAUUUUCGUUUCAGGAUACUUGGAUCUAAACAUAUUAUAUUAAGUCUACUAUCUAGAUAUUUAUAUUCUUUUCCCGAAUAGUGACUUUCUUUUACUGGAUAGCUUUCAAUGUGCUGACGAAUUAAUGUGUUUUGAUCUUCCGGCAUUGCCCGUUUAAUAUUUUUGCCACGUUUAUCUCUGGGAGUCACAUUAUUUUUAAUCAAUGAUUUUAUUCUCUUUUUUCAGAUACAGACUGCAAAUUUAAAAAAAAGCCUUACAACAUACUUUUACUCUGAGUUCCCCAACGCGAAUAAAAUGAUCAAAAGAUACUUCCCUUACUUUACUGUUUUCAUUUUUCUGACUUCUUCGGUUUGCCACAUUUUUCUGAUGUAUCAGACCUUGAAGAUAUAUAUCCUCAAAAUUUUUGUUCAAUCAAAAUCAAAUUCUCAAACACUAUUUGCUUUUGCUAAUCGUUUAGCUUAGUAAAACACUGCAUUUUACAUCUAAAAAAUAACUUAUCUAUAUACCUAGGCUAUUCAAUAUAUAACUUUUAUUAAACUUAUUUGCAAGCACCUCUGAUUUGCCUGGCAGCAACCAUCUUGCCUUUAUAAUCUUUAAACGCAAUACCACUGAUUCUACCUUUUUUGAUUAAAUUUCUUUGAUAAUUUAAUCAAAAAAAUCAUUUCUCACACAAUCAUCAUUUCUCACACCUCGGCGUCUUUUUCUAAGAUUAUCUGAUUGAGAUAGCUCCUCUUCACUUUCAGUGCUUCUAUUUUCGUCCGAACUAGACAUAUUGCCACAAAAAUGCAAUUAUAUUACUCUUAAAUGCACACAGUAUCCAAGCCAGUAAAUCACUAAAAAUAUUUCGACACACGAAGCUUGCAUUUCAAAACAAAACAGAGCGCAAGGUCAAAUACAGUACGACACACAUUUUAAUAUUUAUUUCUUAAAGGGGCUAAGUUAGUUUACUUAGGUCCUUUCUGCACUAAACCAUUAUUUUCUCACCCAGAAAUGCAAGUAGGGAAUAAUUGAAUUUAGUUCUUUUCUGCACCAAACGCUAGGAUUUGGCUCAAAAUUUAUUGAAGCAUAUUAAAAACAAAAUGGCCGAAACGGCACUUAGGCUCUAUCAGAAAUAAUCGAUUCAUAUAAUUAAGCUUAUAAAAACAUAUUAGUAAUUUAAAUGUAUUUUCUUCUCUCUUUCCUUAAAUGACUAAAUUGUUGAUUGGUACAAGUUGGUUACAAUAGAGGGAAGUUUUUUUCUUGGAUUAAACUCUCAAAUAUGUUUAUUAUGUAGGCAUUAAAACUUAGGGGAAGUAAUAUUUAAAAAAAAAACAUACUUUUAAGUUGUUUUUUCUUAUUGCAGAUCAAAAAAAAAACUAGAAAGAUAUCUAUAAAAUUGUUUCCCAAACAAACCACAAUUAUAUAGGCUUUUUCGUUAAGAGUUUAUUCUUUGGGGCUUGCCCACAUUUCUAAAAAACACCUUCUAUAUGAUGAAAUAUUAGGAUUAAAAUUAGUGCCUAAUGAAUAUCAUGUUAACUUUUUUUACGAUACUUGCAAAAGUAUAUUUGUGCUUUGAGCAAAAUAUAAAAAAAAAAUGGUCUGAUCAGUAUUUACCUUGUGACAUAAAGCCUUGUCGACACCAAAGAAAUACAGGGGAACAUUUUGUUGCUGGUUGCCGCGACCUGUUUAUGGAAUCAGAAACAGCAGCAAAAGUUGCGUAAAAAAUUUGCACCCACCUCUAGGUAAUUCAUUCUUGUGAAAGUAUCAUUAUGUACCUGCAACAGAAAACACGUGUCUACACCAGUGUAACACCAAUGUGGCGCAACAAAUAUUUAGAAAGAAAAUAGUGAGCGCAUUUGUCUGUUUACACAUUUUUUUAAAAAGUAGUCAGCUUUCAAAACACUUACCUUCCAUCCGGUAUAUUUUAUAGUAGACAGAGACACUGGUAAAUUGAUAUCGGGUACAUGGAGAAAAAACGUAAAUGAUGAUGUCAUCACAGAAAUAAGCUCAUUAACUGAAACUGAAAAUAGUCGACUAGAGUACGCAGAUUAUUUUGGAUCACCAUACUGGUCCCUAUGUUCCAUAUGAUGAAAAAAAGGACUAAAAAAUGAAUAAUACUUUCAUUUACGUAAUUUAUAUCUUUUUCGGUGCAAGGACGAACUGCAUCUUGUCUGACAGAAAUUGCAUGUGCUUGCAGGAAAAACUACAUGCUAACAGAAUAUACUCAGAACCAGGUUUUGGAUAUGUGCGAUUUUCUCAUUGACACUAUUGUCGAUUCCAUUACAUUUUUUAAAAAUUAAUUACAUCUUCACUGUUGUGCUCUAUAUUUCCUUUGAUCUUUGCCGCUAAGUAUGAGAAUGAGCAACUUCUAGGAACUUUUGUUGUUGCUUAAAUACACUUUUAGCAACAGUCAUAAACAAGUUCCAGGAACAAGCAACAUACAAUGUUCCUAUGUGUUGCUGACGGUGUGGAUCUAGCUUUAUAUACCUAUUUUUCUUAGGGCACUUGUAAUAAAUAAAAUCUUGAAUAUAAUUUUAGUUGUUUCUAUAUUUUGUAGAAUUUUUUUUAUAUAUUAUACGUUUACAUUAUACUGUGUAAUAAUAAUAAUAAUUGUCGAUUAUUGACCCGCUGAUGAUUUUUUCUGCAUUGUUAGGUAUCCGGUUAAGGUUACUUAACCUUAGCAUAUUUUGACUGUGAGAUAAAAUAUUGACAGUUAUUAGUUUAAAGUGUCAAAUUGUUUACAUUCAAUGGCGCUUCAUUUACCCAAAUGUUGCCCCAAUGAAUCAGGCAUUUGUUUGAUUGUUAAACUAAAUAUAAGUGUAAAAAAGAAGUAUAUUUUGCAAUAACCACUUACAACAGAUUUAUACUACAAAACUAUAAAUAUAUUGUUAAUUUCUUAAUACCAGCCUUCAAUCUUACCACAUAAUAAAUUUAUAGUGAAGAAAUAAGUUUUAAUUAAAUUUGUGACUGCAGUCUCACUAUUGAUGAUACAUGUAGCAUAAUAUAUCUUUUUUGGUUUUAAAUAUUCUAAUAAUCCCCAAGCAUUCACUUUUUUGUUUUGAAUAAAUAACUUAUUUCUUUUUUAUUUUCUACUGCUAUACAUACUUAGAAUGAUGAUAAGCUAAAUUUGUUUCAGAAACUUACCCACAGGCAUUUUGUCUUUCUUUAAAGCAGGUAAUGAAAUAUACUUGUGAUAUCACUGUUUAUUUUCAAAUUCAUUUCUUAAAUUUGAGGGUUUAAAUAUAAAUUUGCUUGUCAUUGAAUUAAUAUUAUAAUUCAAUGACAAGCAAAUUUGUGAUCGAUUGCCGUUAUUCUCUAAUAUCAGUAUUUUAUUGUUUUAUAUAUUCUUUUGUAUUUAGUUUUAAAUAAUUUCCUUUUGAUAAGAAUAUUUGUAAAUUUUGCUUGGGAAUUAAUAAAAAAAGGAAAUAUAAUUGCUAUGUUGAGUUUCUGUGGUUUCUAAAACCUACAAUAAAUAUGACGUUAGUUUCUGUGGAUGUUUCCCAUUUGAUUAAGUAGUUUCUUAAAGGAGUUUCCCAUUCGAUUUAAGUCAACUAUAAUAGUAGUAUUGUUGCAGCGUUGGGGCUUAUGUUUUGAAUAUAAAUUUGUAAUUUGCACCUGUAAUGAAAUAAUAACAACGUGUUGUAUUUAGCUUUGGCAUACUUCGUCAAAUAUCCCGGUAUUUUCUCUGGAAAUUGAGUUUUCACUUUAUAAAAAUAUCAGUAUUUAAAUCGUUUCGACAAUUAAUUAAAUAAGGAAAAGGGACACCUUCCUGGAUAUUUCAUAUAAGCCAGUUUUAAUUUAUUUACGUAUAAAACAUAUAAUAUACAAGAUAAAUGCCAAUUUGUGGCUCUAAAGUAGCUUAUGUGUGGGCUCAAUUUAUUUUCCUUUUCUAAUAAAACAGGUAAUUUGUAACGCUGCUUUGUAAAAUAUGGGGGCAAUUUCCAAACUAAUGUUCAUGUAAUUUUGAAGCUGGGAAUGAAAAUAAAUGCAUUAGCCCGAAACUGAGAAUUUGUAUGCUGGUUUUACACAUUAACUGAUAGGAUAAAUUUUCUGGAACAAGAAAUCGAUAUCCCUUAAAAGAACCGUAAUUUUUUUGGAAACAUUUCUUGUCGAUAAAAUGAAGCAAGGAAAUAUAUCAUUUCAUGUUAACCAAUAAGUUUGAUUUUUUCUUGGGGAUAACAAUCGUGUAAUAUUUAAAGGCUAUUCCAGGGAUGAAUGAGACGUCGAAUGCCAUAAAAUCUCAACCAAUGGUCAAGAAUUGAUUUUUAACCCGGUUGUAGCGAAUGUAAACAAUUAUGGUUUUAUUUUGUUUAAAAUAAUUUACUCUUUAAAUAAUUCUGCCUUAAAAUUCGCAUCACUUUUGGUUUUUAAAGCAAAUCAACAUAAGGAGUGGAAAAAUAGGAGUUUCUUUAAACUGUCAAAGGUUAAUCUAUUGCAUUUUGGGUAGUGUAUAUCUUUACAGUUAGAAAAAGCCCUUUUAAUUUGUGCAGAAUUUGUGGAAAUUUUAAUAGUGAUGCCAUCCUGCAAAAUCUAAUCAUUCUGUAGAUUACGUAAAAUAAAUAUGUAAACCUAAUCUGAUCUCCUAAAACCAAUUUUCUGUUCCGUUUUAACUGAAAAAAGGGUGGCCAACGAAAAAUGCGAGGUACUGUAUCUCGGAACAUACUUACUCAUCGCAGAGGCUUGCGGUAAAAAACAUGGAAAAUAGUUUUAAGUUUUUAAAAUGACCGCUAUAGGCGGCGUAUAUGCGAUGUUGAAACUCAAGAAAUAAAGUUUUUGUGGAUUUCGAUAUAUUAACCGAACAAAAAAAUACUUGACCUUUAAAGUAGAAGACAAUCUAAAACUUUUUUGUUCGACAGUUUUUGCUGUAUCCCCUUUUGCAUUAAUCUGCCAAGCACUCGAGAGCCGCGGCUCAGAACCCUGUUUGGUUAGCUGGAUAGAGGCCAUGCUCUCGAAACGUCAUGUAUCUGCCCAGCUCAACAACGAGAUUGUCGAAACGUUGGCGGCUAGGGGCUGCCCGCAGGGAGGAGUAUUGUCCCCUACCUUGUGGUGCCUUGUGGUCGACAGCCUGAUAAAUCUUUUAAACAAUGCUGGCCCUAUACACACAGGCCUACGCUGAUGAUCUGGUAAUCCUUUGCACAGGGAAAGACGCCGUCUCAAUGCGGGGCCCUAUGAUGAGAGCCCUGCGUAUGGUGGACACAUGGUGCCUCUAGGGAGGUCUCAGGAUUAACCCCAAAAAAGCAGAGCUCCUACUAUUCACGAGGAGACGUAACUUUGGCACGCCCCCUGUUAUAUCUCUAGGUGGCGUGCAGCUGCAUUACUCCAGGACAGUUCGAUUUCUGGGAAUCAAGUUGGAUCCCAAACUCUCCUGGCACGAUCAUGCAGACACCAGAAUGAAGAAGGCCACCUGCGCGCUAUGGGCCUGCAGGCGGGCUUUCGGCAAUACCUGCGGUUUGUCUCCUAAGAUCCUCCACUGGAUCUACUCGCACAUUGUGAGACCUCUUCUCACAUACGGGGCUAUCGUUUGGUGGCCAUGUACUGAGAAAGCGAAAAUUCGUGCACAACUGGACAGAAUCCAACGUCUUGCAUGUCUCAGCAUAACGGGUUCUAUGCGGACGGCGCCAACUACAGCGCUUGAGACUCUGCUGAGUCUUCCGCCUCUGGACCUCGUUGUGCAAUUCGAGGCAAUGAGGACUGCGUACAGGCUAUACGUCCUCGGCGAACUACGUGCUGGCGAGACCGGUCACGCAAAAAUUUGGUCACGGGCCAUACAGGAAUGUCCUCUCCUUCUGAUGGGCAGUGACUGCAUGGCUCCAGUGACUGUGGACUGCGAGGGAUUCGUGACGCAUAUUGCAGGCAGAGAGGUGUGGCAGCAUUCCAACAGACCUGCAUUGCUAAAUAGGGGAACCAUCUGGUACACAGAUGGCUCCAGAAUGAAUAGCAGAGCUGGAUCAGGGCUUAUUGGUGGGAUCCCACAUACCAGUAGGGCAUACUCGCUGGGGGAGCACGCCACUGUCUUCCAGGCCGAAGUAUUCGCUGUAUUAAAAUGCGGACAGAAAAUCCUAAGCUGCGGACACCGCAAUACAGUCGUAUCAAUAUGCUCGGACAGCAGAGCUGCCAUUAAGGCUAUCACGGCCGCUAAGGUAAGCUCCAAGCUUGUACUAGAGUGCAUAAAAGUCCUGAAAAAACUGGUACAGGUUGGAUGCAGGGUCCAGCUCGUCUGGAUACCUGGCCAUGCGGGCCAUGCAGGUAAUGAACAAGCGGACUCUCUUGCCAGACUGGGAUCCGCGAAUGUGCCGAUGGGGCCGGAACCCAUAGUUGAUAUCGCCAAAUGCGUUGCGGUCGCAUCAAUGAAGGAUCUGCUGGACAAGUGGACCCACCGAAGAUGGACUGAGUCCCCUGGUAUGAGACAGGCCAAAGCGCACAUAGGUGGGCCCUCUGCCUGUCUCACCAAAAAUCUACUACGUCUAAAAAGACGCGAAAUUCGACUAGUGACAGGUCUUUUAACCGGUCACUGGCACUUAAGAAGCCAUCUCCAUGCUAUCGGUAUUGCGGACAACCCGGAAUGCCGAUCGUGCUGUGAGGAGGAUGAAACCGUUGACCAUGUAGUCGGGGAGUGCCCAGCACUCACCCGCGCCAGGUUCAAAUACUUGGGUAACACUUUCAGUGUACCAAGCGACUUUAAGUCCUUCAUACCAGAGAGCCUUAUAGGUUUCUCUAAUGCCGUUGGGCUCUGGUAACCCUCGGUGGGGCAUGACGGGUCCAUCAGGAGACCUAUAUGCACAACUGCCUUGGCAGCCCACUGUUUCGUCAAUUCAAUUCAAUAGGUAUGUUUAAAUGACAGUCACAAUGUUUUAUUAUUCUAAUAUUCUCUCACACAGAAAAAUCCUGAUGGAUUUUUUCACAUUUUGUUGUGUAAAAAAAAUGUUUAAUUUUAAUACACAAUUGUUAGAUAAUAUCUCACAGUCCUGUAUAAAAAUUCUUAGGCAUUUUGUGUAUGUUUUAAUGUGUAUAUUUCAUACAAUUAUUGUAUAUUAAAUUAAUACACCAUAAGUAGAUAUUAAUUAUUAAGAUAAUGUGUAUAAAUAUUCUACUUUUUUUUUUAAUCCAAUGCAGUUUGGUAAAAAAUCUAAUAACCAAGUAUAUUUUUACUACAAUUUUUAAUUAAUUUUUUAUUCUGGCUUGUGUUGAUUUUAUUUACAAUUGUGUAGAUUAAAAAAGAUUCUUGCUAAUAGCCCUUCACAAUUGUAGAAUUUUAAAAAUGUAUUGUGUAGUUAUAAUACACAAUUGUGUAUAAAGGAGGACGCGCCCGACGCCCUUGCCUUUGCCGCUAGAACUUCGUUGUUAGCGUCAAUGUUGCCAGAUUCAAGAUUAAACAGUUGUAAAGGUGUGCAUUAAAAUUUGCAGUCGAUUUAAAGUUGUUAAUUGAAAAUGAUUUAAUAUGAUAUUUAAAAAUAAGCUCAAUCAGCAUAAGUUCUAAUUUUAUUUAUUUAAAUAAUAUCGUGAUAAUAACACACGUAAGGAAAAAGGAAACGUAACUUUUUUAAUUGGCGGUGUAAUCUUUAAGAUACCUUUGAUUUGGCAGCAUUGCUAUAAUUCCCAGUGCCACAGGUGUUCAACUGUUCAUUCUUCAGUCCUUCAAUCAACCGACCGGCAUUAAUUUGUUUUAAGGUUUUUUUCGUUUCAUUAAGUGUUAAAAGUGUUAAAAUUGCAUAAGAAAAAUAUGGAUAUAUUCGUUGAAGAUAAAGUUAAGGAGUGGGGUUUAUUGGACCAACUCCAGGAGCAUAUUAUUAUGUACCUGUAAAUAAAACCCUUAGCUUAAAACUGUAUGUUGUUAAUAUGUAGGUAUGUAUCUACAUAAGAAUUUUCGUUAAGUUCCUAAUUACGUUCCUAUUAGGUAUUUCUAUUUCUUUUAAGUUUUUUCGUUUUGUUGUGUCAUUUAUUUUUAUUAAGCGAUUUUGAAAUAAAUUGAUGAAGGGCGAUUUAAAAAGAAAUAACAAUAAUUUUGAUUUCCAUGGGAUAUGAAAAUCCGGUAUAUGUAAACAUGCCAAAACCUUACUUAUUGUAAACCAACCACCCUAUAGUCAACACAUUUUUAAAUUCUACAUAAAAUGUUAAAAAUUUUCAUGUAUCAUAAAUGUCAUACUUGUUAACUAUUUUUUUAAUAUAAGGUGUUGAAAAUGGCACUUUUUAUGACUUUAAAAGGGAUCUAAAGCUAAUUCUGUUAUGAAGAAAAAACAGAUUUCAAUUUUCCAUUUCGGGUUUUUAAUUUAAACUUUUUUAAUGAUUUCUAAGGUUUUUUUUCUAUUUUUAACAGAAUUAGCUCUAAAGCCUCCUUAAGUUAUGAAAAGUGCAAUUUUCAACACCAUGCGUUAAAAAAAAAUUGAUAGCAGUAAAUGAUUGUUGUUUUGUUAAAAAUUACCCGCCUGAUAUACUGUAGAUGUUAAGUAACUACAUACAUAUGUACAGGCUCAUUUUUUAUAUUUGCGAGCCCAUAUACAGGGGUUAAUAUUAGUGAUAUAACUUUGCAAUGCGCUUUUGUUUUUUUUUUACAAAUCUAGAAGAUAAUACG